AGGAAAUCUUGCGUUAUUUUACUAUAUGACGUUUUAAGAAAAAUAGACAGCCUUGGCUUGUUGGUAAGGAUCGAACUUAGAUUUUACCGGAGGGAAGCCCAUGUCGUUUGGACACCAGAUCCAGGGGUUCCAGCUUUAACGUGGCAUCAAUUACCGUAAUUUCCGAUCUUUUUCAAUAGAAAAAGGUCGAAUCCUACGACUAAAUGAAAAGGGCCCGUUCCAGAAUAGGAAGCAGACGAGCUUCUAGGUAUGUCCCUCCUCUCUCGCUCUCUUUCCCCCCUACGUGUUUCGCAUGUCUUACUGUGUAUCUGAUAGUUCCACUUGUCAUCAUUUUUCUCUUUCUUUUCAAUCGCAUCGAGACUGAUUUGUGCGAUCUUGUCAGGAAUCGGGUAUUUCUGUUCGGUCCGUUGAUUGUUGCAAGACUGGAUUAUUUCUGUGAGAACUCAAGAAUGGAACAUGAUGAAACAACAAACACAUGGCGUUUAGCUGCUUGUGAUCCCCUGUUAUGGAAAACUCUUGAUUUGUCAAUGUUGAGAUCCAACUUCAUAAAGAUUCCCCUCGAGCCUUAUGUUUAUGUCGAUGGAAGAUCCGAUAAACAACUCACACGGCUUUUGAAGAUCGCUCUGAAUCUUAGCCGUGGAAGCAUUACAACUUUGAUCUUCCAUUUCAAUCUCUACGUGAGCGAUGAUCAGUUGACGUACACCGCUGAAAGGACGCCAAAUCUGAAGCGCUUGGUGUUACCUGCAUGGAACCGUAUAAAAAGGACGGGUAUAUGCAAGGCUAUUAGCAAGUGGAAUAAUCUCGAAUCCCUCACAAUGCCAAGCAUAGCGAAUCCACCUUAUUUCAUGGAGGAAAUCUCAAAGCACUGCAAGAAGUUUUCAGAACUCAAAAUCAUGGGGCCAUGUGACAUGUUAUGCGUGCAGACACUCAUCCGUUGUGUCCCUAACCUAAAAGUGCUAAGCCUUCGUGUCUCCAUUGUGUACAAGGACGCCCUUUUAUUGAUCCUAAACGGGUUAAAGAACCUUGAAGUGCUCAACAUAUCUCAUUCUCUCAUCAUAGAUGCCCCUCCACCACCUGCAACUCGAAAAGUGGUGACUGAGCUCGAUGAUUCGAUUUUCAAGAAGGCUUCAAGGUUGCGACAGUUCUUGACAUGCAUGGAUGAUGAAUCGUGUAUCAUGUGUCACAGAAUGAAGCUUGAUGAAGGGCUUGUGAGGUGGUACAAGUAUGAAGAAGGGCUGUGGAAGGAAGAUGAGGUUGCACCAUACCAAACAAGGGGUUUGGCUGAGAUGUUCAGCUGCUGCUGCCCUGAUGCCUUUGUUACAAACGACAAGAUCGGAGAGAUUGAAUCGAACUCGACAAACUUUCUAGAGUGA